AUGGUGGAGGAGUGGGAGCGGGAGGGGCGGGGCGGCGACGACGCGCGCGCCACGCGGGGUGACGUCGCAGCGGAGGCGCGCUCACCGGCGAAAGAUCCACCUGUACAGACUGGCAUACCUGUGAUGAUCGACUUAACUGUGAGAACCAGCGUACCUGCAAUCAAAGAACUACCUGUGAUGAUGGGCUCACCUAUGAAGACAGACAUGCCUGUGGUGACCGGCGUACCUGCGGUCGCUCUUGCUCCCGGCGCGAGACGUAGAAAGAUGUCGGUAGCAGUGGACGCCGUGCGCAUCGCGCCGCGCCGCAGAAAUACAUCCUCCCCCAGCGUUCACCCGCGGGUGGAUCGGCCGGCGACGACCGCAGCACCCAGUGAUGCGGAUACGCGCGAUCGUUGCAGCCCCGCCCGCGCGGGCGACGCGCGUAUCCACGACGACGGGUUGUUAGCAGCAGCCGACAGCGUGCGCGUCCACAGCGACGAGCAGAUGCUGCCGUUCCACAACUACUUGUCAGGCGGCGGCGGCGGCGGCGACGACGGCAGAUUGAAGGAACGUCUUGCAGUGGCUUCCUCUUCCUCCUCCUCCUCAGCCUCUCUCUGCGAGCGCGGCGAGUCGGAGGGUGGAACCUCCGCGAUGCCUUUCGCCGGGUACCUCUCUGGCCAUCGCACCGGUGCGCGUGGAAACACCUCCUCCAGAGACAAGCAGAAAGCUCCACCCGAGGGAGAGCCAAGCGAGGUGUCUCCAUGCGGGGACAUGGCAGCGGCGGUGUCCUCCAUUCCCCGGUCACCGCGCGUCGCGGGCGGUUCUCAGGCGUUGUGCAGUGGCGGGGCGUGGAUGAACGCUGACGUGCGCACACCGUCGCAGCGUGACUACGAGGCGUGGCCCGGCACCGCGGCGGCAGCAAUGGCGGGGACGACGGCGGCCGACGGGUCGUGGUUCGAUCUCACGCAGGCGGUCGACUACGUGAAUCGCACGGCCGACGCCUCUCUCAGCUUCGCUCGCUGCUCCCCUGCCGCGGCCAAUACUGCCAACGCCAACGCCGACGCCUCUAUCACCUUCGCUCGCUCCUCUGCUGCCGCCGCCAGCACCGCCACGUCUCUCAUCAUCGCUCGCUCUUCUGCUGCCGCUGCAGACACGACUCCGGCGGCGGUGAAAUUCGCGGCAGAGGAAAGUCGGCCGAUCGUCGACGUCGAAACCGCUCCCGAGUUUGACCUUGGCUUUGACUUUGACGACGACCUGACCUCCGUGCUCGCUCCACCCUCUCCCUCGGACGCCAAACCGCCGGUGUCUCUCGCUGGCCAGCCAGAUGACGCGGGAUCCGUGAACUGCAACGACGGCGGCGAGGUGUCGCGCGCGCGGAGCAAGGACGGCCGCGAGUUUGAACUUGACCUCGGCUUUGACCUCGUCGACGACGUCGACAGCUUCCUGGAGGAGGACGACGACGUCGUGCCGCCGUCGCCGCGGCAACGAGGGUUCGCAUCCAUGGUGACGAACGCAAGCCGGAUAAUCCCGCCGUCGAAGACAGCGUCUGCCAAGUCGGCGUCCGAUCGCGUUGUUGCCGGCCGAUCGUGCGCGGAUGUCAGCAGAAGUAGAGAGUCGGCCACUACGGAGACAGCGUCCAAGGAUCAUCACCGGGAUGUAGCGGUAGCGGUAUCGGUAGCGAUCGGCGAGGGAACGCGCGUCGGCAAGGGGGUGACGGUGGUUCCUGAUUCGCCGAGAGUCUCGCCGCCUCGCCAUGGCAACGCGCGAGAUUUCUGCAGUGUGAUGCAGUCCCCGGAUACUCCCAUUGUACCGCGUGCGAAGAGGCAACGAGCCGCUGCAUUGAUGUCACCUGACUCGCCGGUCUUCCCUACCAUCUCCAGGACACAUCAGCAUCCCACCAGCAGCACACCUGCCGCCGCCGCCACCGCCGCCCUGGUGGCAGCACAUGCGACGACGAUGCCCAGUUCUGCGGAGGAGUCGCCCGUCUGCGUGGGACAGGGGCGACCAUGCAGGCGCAGGAUCGCCAGCUCUAGCUCCAGCACGACAGACAACAGACAGCCGAGCUGGGCGAGCAGUAGUGGCAGCACGGCAGAGUUCAUAGCUGAAGCAAAACCACGCACGUCAGCGCGCAGAGAGAUAAACUACGAUCAGCUGAAGCCACUGUCCUGUAAGGUGCGUGGAGCAGCGAACCCGUUCAUAGACGAUGCUGCGCUCCUGGAUGCGGAGGCUGAUGAAGAGCCGUCGUCGGACGAGACGGAGGCGAGCGAUGAUGAUGAGAAGCUAGAGUUGAGCUUCAUUGACGAUGCCUCGCAGCUCACGCAGGCAGCGAAGAACAUGACAGGCGUCUAUCUAACGUCUGUGCGCAGCCCCGGCAUCGGCGGCUACAAGCUCAACUAUGCGAAUCGCCGCAUGGAUGUGUUCUCGCAGCCUCCGCGCCACGACGACGACGACGAAGACUACGAGAACGACAGCUUCUGUGUCGGUGAAAUUCAUGAUUAG